AGCCAUGAAGAAAAAGGUAAGCAGUUCGAUUUCCCUUCUCUGCCUGUAUUUGCUAUCGUGGCUACGUGUUCCCAUCUGUAUCUUGGGGUGUUCUGUGGCUGUCAGCUGCCUCCUGAGGGUCUCACGGCGUUUGCUUAACGUGCUGGAGAACAGUAUCAAAUCUGAGUUUGUUUGCUGGCGUGAGGGCAGGCUGGCAGCAGAACUGCACAUCCCCAGUAACGGCUACGUGAGUAUUUCUGUUACAUGUUGCGAAAACAGUCUGCUGACUGUGGGCUUCCUGCUGUGGCAGGGAAGAGGAUGUGCCCCAACCUGCUCUGCCGGCCUGGGGAGACCCUCUGGGUGUUGCAGGAACUGGUGUGGGCAGCUCCUCACUGCUCUGAGGGCUCCUGGCAGGGCGAGGCCAAACGCAGGGUGAGACAGCAGCGCUGUGCCUCGUGUGUCCCAGCAGUGAGCAAAUUCAGGUUAGCUCAGGCAGCGAUGUGAGGAGCCCUCGGCUCUCAUUCUGUGUUGGGUGAGGAUUGAGUUUCCUCUCUGGCCCUGCAUGCUGGUGUCUGACCUCCCCGAAAGGCCACUGUAGCCUGAUGCUUGGGGGUUAGGUUCCCUUGUAGGUUGGCUUGUGCUGUGUCUUGGAGCCACGCUGAGUGUCUGAAGGUGAUGUGAAGUAGGAGAUGCUGCUGUUCUUUUCCUGUUCUGCAUGGAGCUUUCUGAAGUCUGACUUCAGCUAGGCUGGUGGGUGUAACCUGAGCGGCCAACUGCUUUGAGAAGAGCCUUUGUCACAAAACAUUCAAGGUCCUUCUGGGCAAAGUGGGGGACUCUGAGUAAAUGUUCUGACUGCAUGGUCAGCUCCUUAUGAGAGGGGCCUUUGCCUCCUCUGUGAUGCUGCAGUUGUUCCCAGAAGAGCACCUUGUGCUACAGAGUGCUGCUGUCCAUGUUGCUCUGAGGCACUUGGAGCAAGGUCAGGACUGAGCAAGCUCCUUCCCAGGCAGCCCUUGGCACUGGACUAAUGCACCAGUGUUGGUUGUGCUCUCGUUAAACUGAUCCUUGACGAUAGAGCUGUUUUUCAGAGCUGUUGCCAAAGGCUGGAUUUGACUUUGUAACUGGAACUUGUUUCACAGCUGCUUUGGUGAGCAAGUCCACAUUGGCUGCCACCAGUUUUGUAUUUAUUUUUAGAUCACGAUGCUGAGUCUUGCCCUGUACAAUCGUUUCCUCCUCUUCUCCACUCAGCCAUCCCAUAGUUUGCUGCUGCCAAAGGUGCUGCUUCUCUUUUAGCCGGGGGAUCUGCAGACUGAAUUCUGGGAUGGAGACUGUUUUCCCUGCAUGGCGGCUUAGUGUACAUGAGCUGGGCUGUCCCAUUUGCUUUUAGCUUUCUUCUAGGGUUCUGACACCUGAAACUCAACAUGGAACUUGUAUUUCACUGCUAUCAGGGGAGAGAAACCAAGCUGUGUUAUGAAAAAGGAAAGAGCAAGAUUAGGAGAGAAGUAAUGAGUGGAGAAUGCCAGUGCUGAGUAGGUGCUGCUGAUGGGUAAAAGCGGGUCUGGGAAGACCAGCAUGAGGUCCAUUAUCUUUGCAAACUACAUUGCCAGAGACACACGACGCCUGGGUGCCACAAUUGAUGUGGAACACUCCCAUGUUAGAUUUCUAGGAAACCUGGUAUUAAACCUCUGGGACUGUGGAGGACAGGACACCUUUAUGGAGAACUACUUCACCAGUCAGCGGGACAACAUCUUCCGCAACGUAGAAGUCCUCAUCUAUGUCUUCGAUGUAGAAAGCCGCGAACUGGAGAAGGACAUGCACUACUACCAGUCAUGCUUGGAGGCAAUUCUUCAGAACUCUCCCGACGCAAAGAUCUUUUGUCUAGUGCACAAGAUGGACUUAGUGCAGGAGGAUCAGCGGGACUUGAUUUUUAAAGAGCGUGAGGAAGACUUGAGGCGCCUUUCCCGUCCUUUGGAAUGUGCUUGUUUUAGAACUUCCAUCUGGGAUGAAACGCUUUACAAGGCUUGGUCCAGUAUAGUCUAUCAGCUGAUCCCCAAUGUCCAGCAGCUGGAGAUGAACCUGAGGAACUUUGCUCAGAUCAUUGAGGCAGAUGAAGUGCUUUUGUUUGAGAGAGCCACUUUCCUGGUCAUUUCACACUAUCAAUGCAAAGAACAGCGGGAUAUCCACAGAUUUGAGAAAAUCAGCAACAUCAUAAAACAAUUCAAACUAAGUUGCAGUAAGCUGGCGGCUUCUUUCCAGAGCAUGGAGGUCAGGAACUCUAACUUUGCUGCUUUCAUUGACAUCUUCACAUCAAAUACAUAUGUGAUGGUGGUUAUGUCAGACCCUUCAAUACCUUCUGCAGCUACGCUGAUCAACAUCCGCAAUGCCAGAAAACACUUUGAGAAGCUGGAGAGAGUGGAUGGACCAAAGCACAGCCUGCUUAUGCGCUGAACAUUGGCCAAUGCACACGGUCUUUGGCAGGAGAAGAAGUGGAUUGGAACUACCUUUUUUCUUUUGUUUUUUAGGAGAAUCUAACAAUGUGGAUGUAUUUGUGGGCUUUGAAAUGAGUGUGCUGCUUACCACCGCAAUCUUUAUUGUUUCUCCUUUUAACGUUGGACACUAUCACACGGAUGAUGUCUGGAUACACUGCAGACCUUCAAAAGAGACUCCUGGCAUUUCUGGGGUUGGGAAGAAGUAAGGACAGGUGAUGUGCACGUGGUCUCAUGCUGCUGGUUGUCAGUGGCAUGUGGCAGAGCCUUUUUGGAUGUUUGCUCCCAGGUGAUCGUACAAAUCACAGGGAUGAAGUAUUUACUAUUUUAUUGGUAGGUUGCUAGAAUACAUUUAUAAAUUUCUCCUUGUCUUCAGUCAUGAAAAUAAAUUUUUUGCUACCAGGGAUUUCAGAUCCUGGAGCUUUGGAAA